CCAGCGUCAGUACUCCACGACCACUCGCCGAAGCUUCAGUUCGAUGGUAGCAAACAAAGACGACUGCCUCCACCUCCAAACCGCCAUUUCAUCCGCUAAUGAAGACUACUGCUUAUUCUCCCGCCAGCAGGAGCACUCCGUCAUUGUCAAGGCCCUCAUCCAUGUCAUCUCCGGCUACCCGUCGCCCGAGCUCCCCCAAGCCUCCGGCGCCUGCUCGACGUGCGGCAUUGGAGGAUGCCUCGGUUGCCACUUCUUCGGAGAAGAACCGCGAUCCGCCACCAAGGCGAUCCACGGUGGCACGAUGGCAACGCCGCCAGCGAGGCCGCGGAAGAAAAAGAAGAAGAACAAGUACCGGGGCGUGCGGCAGCGGCCGUGGGGGAAGUGGGCGGCAGAGAUCCGGGACCCGAGGAGGGCAGUGCGCAAGUGGCUGGGAACGUUCGAUACAGCGGAGGAGGCGGCUCGGGCCUACGACGCUGCUGCCAUCGAGUUCCGCGGCGCCCGGGCCAAGCUCAAUUUCCCCUUCCCCGAGCAUCGCGGAGGCCACGAGAUCUCCAGCUGCCAGUCCAGCACCCUCACGUCGUCGUCGGCGUCUCACCCUCAAAUGGACGGCGAGCAGCAGCAGGGACAAGGGCAGGAAUCGGUGGACUUGUGGGAAGGGCUGCAGGAUUUGAUGACGUUGGAUGAGCAUCCAUGUUGAUGAUUCCUCCUUCGUUGACCGUGUCUAAAUAAAGUCAAACAUGUUAUAUUCCUUUCCUACAUCUGGACGACAUUUUAAAAUCGUGUCCCAGAAGAUGCUGUAGAAUGGUAUCUCGGCUUCAUGUGAUAAAUCUGCUGAUCUGAUAUCGUGUUCGAUC